AUGGCCACAGCUGAGCCCCUGAGUGCCCUCUCUCGGUGGUACCUCUAUGCUAUCCACGGCUAUUUCUGCGAGGUGAUGUUCACAGCAGCAUGGGAUUUUGUGGUGCAUUUCAACUGGAAGUUCCCCGGAGUCACCAGUGUCUGGGCCCUUUUCAUCUAUGGGACCUCCAUGCUGAUAGUGGAGAAAAUGUAUCUUUACCUGAGGGACAGGUGCCGCACUGUUACCCGCUGCCUCAUCUACACCAUCUGGACCUAUAUCUGGGAGUUCUGCACGGGCUACGUCUUACGCCAGUUCGACGCCUGCCCCUGGGACUACUCUCCAUUUGAGUUUGACUUCAUGGGCCUGAUCACCCUGGAGUACGCCGUUCCCUGGUUCUGCGCCUCCUUCAUCAUGGAGAAACUGGUCAUCAGGAAUACCCUGCGACUCCGCUUCGAGCCCCACCUCGAAGCCGCCUCAGGCACCCUGCCCCCGAGUGGCUUCGUGGCAAACGGCUACCUCAAAUCCGACUGA